AAAAGAAAGCAUAAAUCAUUCCAUUAACUAUAGUAAUUUCUCAGUAAACGGGGCAGAAUCUCUAAGAUGGGUUUCAGAGAGCUUAAUGAAUAAUUAUGCUUACUCCUCCAAAGAAUGAAUGAGUCGUCAAGUCGUAACUCCCUAGUCGGUAGAAAUACUGGAUUGAAUCCUAACGUCAUGCGUGACAGUUUGCGUGUACUUAACUCUUCGUGCACUGUAACCACAACUACUCAUGCUCUUGAAAAUCGAUCAAAUUAUCCACCGAAUACUCCGAAUCACGGGUUUUUAUGCUCCGAAAAUGGUUUCAAUAAGUCUAUCUCCACUUUCCCCAAUUGUUCGGUUGAUUCCUGCUUUCCUAGUCUCACUGUCUCAAUGGAACAGAAUUUGGUUACGGAUUAUUCUCAGUGUCAUUCAUGUGGUAGCUCCCCACCGCCUCCAGCAUUAUCUCCCGUUAGUUCCUCUCCUACUCAUGGGAGCAACAACCAAAAUAACCAACCUUCCUCCCCUUCUCCUCCAAUCAUAGUUGCUGAAAUUCGAGGUCCUUCAUCCAUUUCAUCUCAAUCAGCUUCCGAGAAAAGCUCUCAUCCCAGGGGUGCAUUUAAAAUGAAUCAACAUGCAUCUCAAAUUCUGAGUAAACCACCGAAUUCUAGUUGCCCAAGGAUAGCAAGCGAUAUGUUUAUGUCUAGUUCCAGUAGUUCAUCUUCGUCUACAUCUUCUUCCUCGAUUUUGAACGAGGCUAACCAUUCUGCUAAUGGUUUACCAAUUCUGGAAAAAAUUUCUAUUGUUCUUGGUUCACCAAGACGUCCAGUUGGCGAAAAUUCAAUAAUUCGCGCAAAUAACACUGAUUCACCUUUAAAAAAUGAAGAUGCAAGACUUCCAAAGUUGGUUCUAGAGAAUCAUAUCCAUUCAUCAAAUAGUAAAGAAAACUCCCCAGAGAAGGUUGAUGAACCCCUCAAAGCUGACUCGUCUGUUAAAAAUGAGGAUACUAAGUCGAAUGUAUUGAAUGAAAAGUCUAAAGUAGCAACAAAACGAAAAACAUCAGCCCGAUCAAGACGUCGACCUAAAUCACGAAAAAUUCGAGGAGAUUCUGAUUCCGAUUUCGAGCCAUUUUCCCAGUCUCAAGCAGGUGGAUCUCGUGGUAGAGCCGAUGCCAGAGCUCUUAUUCGUCGGGUUCAACAAAAAGUCAGCAAUAAAAAAUCUGUUGCUGGUGUUACAUCUGACACUCCUGGUGGGACCAGUGCAGAUAUUGCAAUGCGCAGAAAGUAUUUAGAAUCACCCUUUUUAUGUCUUUGCCAAGUUGGAGGAACAGUUUCUAGUCUUAUGAAAACUUCAGACAACUUCACUAAAUACAAUUGCAUUCCUUCUGGAUCUAAAAUAGUCUGUAAUAAUUCAACAACUAAUAAUGAGUUGAUUGAUAUGAAUUCAUCUUUUUCUGCCCAUAUAAUUAACCCAGCUUUACGUGACUUGUCUGUUCAACAAGUUAAUGGAUACUUCUCUCAUUGUACCAUGCCUGUUAGUUGUCCAUUCAAAGCUAAUCUAACUGGAAGCGCAUCAAUCAAACUUGAUAAACAUGACGUCGGCAUGGAAUCUCGUAGUAUUCUUACAGGUAUUACAUAUAGACCUUCAGGACCUCUCCGGGUACGUGACUAUCAGUUCCCAACCUCAGUAAAUCCUAAUAGCCUUUGGAUAUGUGCCUUCUGUGGUGAAGAUAACAAUUAUACUGAAAUUGGUUGUUUAUAUGGUCCCUAUUGGCUUACAGAAGCAGAUAUGAAGCAAUUACCUUCAGAGCUCAUCUAUGAUUCCACUAAUGAAUAUCAGUCUCCUGAUACAGUGACUCAGUCUAAUACACCAAUGACUCCUGUAUCCAGACGUGCAAGAAGUAUAGAAAAGGCAAUUCGUUCUGGUGUAAUUACUUCGACUACUACACGAUCGGCAGCAGCCCAAGGGCGUCCUACAGCUGCUAAUACUGGUUUUCUUCGCCUAGUUAUCAAAGCUUCAAAUAGUACGAUAAAUAAUGAUCACUCUCCGACAAAAAAUUCACCCGAUCUAUCUAAGAUAACAAACUCUUGCAGGCCUAGAGUAGGAUCGAACGGUGAAGUCUGGUUUCAUUUUGAAUGUGUACUUUGGGCUCCUGGCACUUACGUGAACGGAAAUGGUGUUAUUGGCGGUCUUGGUGAUGCAUUACAAUUAGCCCUUAAUGCACGUUGUUCACAUUGUCAAAGACCUGGAGCAAUUCUAAGUUGUUGUAAUCGAGGAUGCAAUUUGAGUUAUCAUUAUCAAUGCGCACAUAGAGCUGAAUGUCAUUUGGAUCGAGAUCAAUAUAUUUUGCUGUGCAAAAAGCAUCAUAUCUAUUCAUAG